AUGGUUUGGAUGCUAUUGCACGCUUGGACCGGGCUGCAACGAUUCUCAAAAGCAAUGGCUGUUCAGCGGUAUCGAUUAUGUGCGCACUGAUGGCCCUCUGCCUUAGAUGGUUGAUUGCUUUGGGCAUCGGCUUCGCGUUGGGAGCGCUCGUUGCAUGGACGCCAGAUCCUGUUUGUGCGGAGUUGGCUUUGCUGCGGCUGCGGCGGCCGUUCUCACGACAGUUGUGGGAUCGUGCUAGGGGCAUGGUGGAGUCAGCCCAGUUGCCCAUAUCACAUCUCACGCAGCUGGUCCAAUCCACAUGGUUCGUCCUGGGGGCGGGAAGUCCGUUCAUCGCCGCGCCGAUAGUCCUGGGGCAACUGGUCAAGUGCACAUCUUGGGCAAGAACGCUGCUGCGGGUGGCGUAUGGUGCUGCAAGAUUGUAUGCCGAUGAUGAUCUUCACAUGCUCUGCUUGAGUGCAGCCUUGCCGAGUGAGACCGGCAGUGAAGCGAAGUGUGCAAUCCACGGGCGUGCUCGUGAUAUCAAAAGACAUUUCUUCCAGCAGCCGCAAGCUGUGGUGACGCAUUCUGCCGAUUGUGAUUGCAAGCAGAAUCUCCAUUAUAACCUGGGGCUGGUGCAGCUGGGCCUGUACAGCUAUGAUGUGCUUCCUGGGCUGCUGCGGGAUCUCAUGCAGCAUGACUGCCGCUACUACGUCCUGUUUAAAGAGCCGAAGACCCGUGGACGUGGAGCUCGGGUCCAGCAUGUGGCGAUCGACCUCGAGCCCCUCUUCGCCUCCUUCGUGGACAAGGUUCCGCCCCGCUACAAGUUGACACCGGGGAGCUUACGUGGCGGUGGGGCAGCUACCCUCGCCUACUAUCUCCAGGAGGUGUCGGCCGAGCCGGGGCUCCCGAAGCUCUCUGCUCAGGGCGUGCGGCGAGCCGUGGCGUCGCGUCUCCAGGAUGCAGAGGCCAAACUCGACAAACUGGCGGAAGAGGAUCUUAGCGUCGACUUCCUCAUGCGUUGGUCAGAGCAGAUCAGCGCGGUGGGCCUGAAGGGUAUGCAGACACAGCGGCACUCGAAGGAGUUAUCGGAGCGGAUUGAGGCCGCCCUGAAAACGGAGGCUACGAGAUACCGGAACCUGGCGCAAGCUGCAUAUGCUGAGAUCGCUGCUGACCGGGAAGCAGACGAGUCCCUGAAACGGGCGCACGAAGCUCGUAAGCGAGAAGAGGCUCGCGAGGCGAAACGUAAGCAGGAAUUGGAUGAGAAGAUCCGACGCGAGCAGGAGAAGGCAUUACGAGAGAAGGAGAAGCUCGUCCCACUGAAGCUGCGAAUGGCUGGACUCAGGGCAGACACCAUCGAGGACAAGGUGAAGUUCGGACACCUGGCAGAGCAGAAGGUGGCCAAGGCAUUGGACCUCAAGGGUUCGCAGGCUGGCAGAGCUGAGGGCCAUGCCGAAGUGAAGCAGGACUCAAUAACUACCACGCUGGGAGCAAUGGAGGCAGUUGCUGUAAGCAUCGCGCUUCCUUCUGGAGAAGUGGUUGCGGAGCUGUCGGUGAACCCGCAGAAGCCGGUUUUGCAGUUGAAGACCCAAAUCGCAGGUCUUGAAGGGACGCCGGUGGGCAACCAGAUCUUGCUCCUGAACGAUAAGCAGGUCGAGGAUGGUGAUACUCUGGCAAGCUUCGACAUCACCUCGUCAGCGACCUUCGUUCUGCUACGGCGUGCUCCGCUGCUGUCUGGAGCCAUCAAUCGUGAAGAGCUGGAGCAUCUCUUGCAGGACAACCUCGCUCUUCAGCAGGCCAUCGAUGCUUACAGCAAUGACCUGCAGUACCUGCCCUCAGACAUUGCAGCAAUAUCUCAGCAGGUGGUGGAGGGCCUUACCGCAAGUGGGUCAGUUCCAGAAAUGCCGGAUGGCUUGGAUGACCAGUGGCAGGAGCUUCUGGCUUGCUCAGGCAAAGCUCGACAGAUCGCAUUUUCAAGGGCUCUCCGUGUCCAGCUCGAGAAGAUUUCCUCGAGCCUUCCUGGUUUGUCGGGACCGGAACCUCAUCCACGGGACAUGCGGGACCAUGCCCACUCUGUUCCUGUUGCUGCGCCAACAGGGCAGGCGGGUAAAAAAGAUCCAAGCUGCUACACACAGAGAUUGCAACCUGAGAGCCACCCUGCACCAGUUCAUGAAGGAGGCGAGCCUACUCCUGAAGCAGAUGCCGCUUUGCGGCAUGUGGACCUGCCACAGCGAGCCAACAAGUCCACCGGACCCUGGAGAGGGGCAGGGCAGGAGCUGAAAGAAUUCCUUCAUCGGCAAUGGUCUCUUUGUGAGGGCCAAGAUGUCGGCUCGUUUUGCUCGAGAGUACAGCUGCUGGGCUUCGCGAGCAUACCAGCGCAUGGCAGGAUGGAUGACACAGCCUUGACGCCGGGUGGCUUGUCUCCACGUUUUGCGGCACUCCUGGAAGAGCUGGCAGCCGUGCACCUCGAAGAGGUGGCACGGCUCCGACUAGAAGCCGGCCAAACACAACCGCCACGAAUUCCCGCUCCGUCUUCGAUCUCUCCACCGGUUCAGGCCAUUGGCCGCUGUGACUCCCGAAUCCGCGAUGAAGAGCUGCGGGCGACUGUCUCUAGCGGCCUGGGCGCCGUUGUGGGCGUUGAAAGCCAAGGUGCCCAGGCAUCUGCAUCGCUGCGUUCCAUGCAGUCGACGCAGUCGGUUGAUUUGUCGGGGUUGCAGCUGGAGAGUGAAUCUGAUACCAGCAGUGAUCCGCAUUUUGACACUGGCAUCGAUCGUGUUCGGGCAUUUUUCUUGAGCAGCACUUUUGAGAUGUUGAUUGCCGCGCUGCUUUUUGUGAAUGUGUGUUUCAUGGCUGCUCAGCUACAAUACCUUGGCCUGAGAAUUGGCCACAGCAUUGGAUACCCCCGAUACGAUGUCGCGGCGGAAGAGGCAUGGCCGAAUUCCGACCAAAUCUUCCUCGUUGGUGACGUGAGUUUUGCAUCUGUGUUUACGAUCGAAAUGCUGACUCGCAUGUAUUACUUGCGAAUGACCUUCUGGAAGUACGCGCUUAACUGGGUUGACUUCCUUGUCGUGUGCAGCUCGUGGCUGGAGUUGUUUGCAGCUGCGCUUCUUCCGAUAAGUCCUACAUUUCUUCGACUGUUGCGGCUUGGGAAGUUGCUCCGAGCCAUUCGAGUGGUGAGAAUGUCUGCAGUGCUGGAAUCAUUGCAGCUGCUGCUGAAGUGCAUAUCUGCAAGCGUUCGUAUCCUGUUCUGGUCUUUGUUCCUGUUGAUGAUCAUUCAGAUUAGUGCAGGAAUGACGAUCAGCUACAUGGUGAGUGAGUUCAUGGUCGACCAGAAUGCUCCGAUGGAAGCGAGAUUUGCUGUUUUUCGCUACUACGGAAGCUUCUCGGCAACCCUUCUGACGAUGUUCGAGGUACUUUUUGCAAACUGGGCACCACCGUGUCGGAUCCUGAUCGAUCACGUGAGCGAGUGGUAUGCCUUGGUGUUCAUCAUCUACCGUUGCUUUGUUGGAUUUGCUGUGCUCAACGUCGUGAAUGCAGUCUUUGUCCAAAGCACCAUGAAGGUUGCUGCAGCAGACGAAGAGGUCAUGGCCAGGGAAAAGAGGAAGGCUGAGCUGGCCUUCCAGCGCAAAGUCUCGGCAUUGUUUAGGCAGGCCGACAUAUCUGGCGACGGCAAGAUCGACGUGAAAGAGUUCAAGAGGCUUCUGAAAGCUCCGAAGCUCCAGCUGUGGUUGAGCCAGUUGGAAAUUGAGACCACGGAUUUGUGGGGCCUCUUCCAGAUGCUGGACACAGGCGAAGGAGAGAUUUCCUUGGAGGAGUUUGAAGCUGGCACAAUGCGAAUCAAGGGAAUGGCGCGCAGCUUCGAUCUAGCCCAAGUGCACCGAUUGGUGGAGAGGCUAAGCCUGAGGAUUGAUGAGAUUGCCAGGAUCACCAAUAAUCAGCAACAACAACAAUUCUCCAGGCAGCUGCCGCCGGAAGGGCUCAAGCCAGCUAUGCAGCCUCCGCCACCGGGACCUGCUCCGCCCGGACCACCGGGACCGCCGGGAGCGCCGGGAGCACCACGACCGCCGGGGCUGCUGGGACCGCCUCGGCCGUCUUCAGCACCAGCUCCAGCGGCCCCUCCGCAGGGAGCACCGGCCCUGCAUCGGGGCAUUUCAGCUGUGAGCCCCGACACCCUGCGUGCGGAGGGAGAGGUCCUCCAGCAGCGGAUCAAUGAAGUCUUGGCUGCACGAAGUCGUGGCGGCAGGUCGGACUUGGAAGAAAAAGUUCGGAAUGAACAGCUCCAAAAGAAGGAGGAGCUGGUCGCUAGUCUGCAGCAGCAACUGCAGGCCGAAACAGACAGGCAAGAGCAGGAGACGCUCGGAUAUCGAGCCCAGAUUCAAGACUAUGAGUCGCAGAGAGCGGCACUCAAGCUUCAGAUCCAGCAGGCCAAGGCUAACUUCGAGACUUCUGACACGGGGAAGCUGCAAGAGGAGGUCAUCCGUGCAGAGGAGAGGUCCCGGCAGCUGGAGGCGCAGCUGAGGCGGCUGGAGGCCAACUCUUUCCUUUCCAAGGUCGAUGACAGACGGGAGGCCAACAUGCGCAUCUCUGCACUGGAAGAGAUGCUUCGAGUGAGAGUGGCAGAGCAUCAGACACUGGUAGAUGAGAACGUGGCUCUUGAGCAGGGACGUGUUGCUGGCAUCCAAGCAAAGCAGCGGCUUCAGUCAAAGUGUUUGGAUUUGAAGCAGCGGAAUGAGCAGCUACAGGUCGAGAUCGAGUCACAGACUGCAGAGAUGCAGAGGGUGGAGCGUGAGAUGCAGCUGAUGCGUGAGCGGCUGCCGCCCGGCAAUCAGGAGGCUCUGGAGGCAGCGCUGUCGCAAAUGGUCGGGGGAGGUGCCGCUUUUGCGAGGCUCGAGCGUUUUCCUGACGCGGUGCCCUCGAAGAGUGAUCUGAUCGCAGCGGAGUCCAUGGAGUCCGUUGUGGAGAGAUUGGGCCGAGAGCAGGAGGAUCUCCGGAGGCACAUAUCUUUGCUGCGCGAGGAGCUCGAGCGGGAGGCUGCCAUCUCGCAGAACCUCAAAAACCUUCAGGCACAAGAGCUUGAGGAGGCCCGGAGCAAGUCGAAGACCCUGCUUCGGGAUCAGGAGAAGUUGGCAAGGAUUGCAGCAGCACACUUGCAAAGCAUUCGGGAUCUGCAGCGUCGUAUUGCCGGCUUUGAGGACAUUGCCCUUCCCGGCCAAAGGCCGGAUGAUGCUCUGAGUGUGUCGGGCUUCUCGGAUGUAUCAGACUUGGAGGACUGUGACAAUGCUCUGGAUGUCUUUGUGGGCAUCGGUGCCAUGGACGUCUCGGCGGCUCAGCGGUUGCAGGAAACCCUGCAAACUGCCGCCACUGGGGCACCGCCACCACCAUCGGGGAUGCCUGCGGCGGAAGAGCUCCGAACCCUUGUUAGCGUUGAGUUCCUGGGCUUCGAUGUUGGCUUCUCAGCAGUGGCUGCAGGCUUGCAGCCUGUUUACGAUUCUUUGGUAACCUUCGGUCCCUUCAACGUCACUGAUGAUGUUCUGGAGCACCUUUCCACGGCAAAGCUUGGGGUUGAGAUCCAUGGGUCGUUGCCAGGCACAAGCCAGCAACUCGUGCUUGGGCGUGGUGAAUUACCAAUGUCUGGGCUUCUCCAGUAUGGAAUGCAAGCAACUCGAAAUCCUGUUGCGGGUGGCGUCGUUGCCCUGAAAGAUGUUUCCGAUCCGGACAUCGUUGUGGCACAGCUGCGUGUUAAGCUGCGAAUGCGCUACUCUAUGGAAGAACUGGCAGAAGACUUCAAGACUAAAGCCAAAAUUCGACAAAUGGUCGGGACCUCUUGGGGUGCCAUCCCGACGCCUCACUGGUUGAAGGUUCAGGAGGUCUUUGAAGAUAUGCUGCUCUUGCAGACGGAAGUCAAUGUGAUCCACUGUUCUGCUGCGAUCUCAGCGUUGUCUGCGCAAUGGCCCUUGGCAUUAAUUUUCCUCGAGCUGGCCGGAGCCCUUGCAUCGGCCCAGGGCGAUGUUGACAGCGUCAGCUUUAAUGCCAUGCUGGGUGUGUACGCCAAGAACUCGAUGUGGCAGGCGGCCCUGGCGGCCCUGGACUUGUGCAAGGAAGAAAACGUUGACGUCGACGUCGUCGGAUUCAGCACAGCCAUGCGUGCGUCUGAGCAGGCUAGCUGCUGGAUCGUUGCAUUGGCAAUCCUCGAAGAGAUGUUCGCUUCAGUGACGCGACCCAACGCAGUCACCUACGGCACGCUCGUCAGUGCCUGUGGCAAGGCCGCAGAGUGGGCUGCAGCAUUUGCAUGCUUGGACAUACAAAGGAGAUCUGCUGAGCCCAACCUAAUCACCUUGAAUGCAGCGAUUACAUCUUGUGACAGAGGCUUGCAGUGGCAAGCGGCCUUGGACUUUACAUCAUGGCUUGGCAGCCACUCUGCCAAGCCAGAUGAUGUUACCCGCCGAGCUUCCAUGAGUGCAUGCCAGAAGGUUGGUCGAUGGUCCCACAUCCUUUCCUUGCGACAACGAGGAGUUGAAGAAGGUUUCAAACUUGGGGAGAUUGGCUGUCGCUCGGCCAUCGAUGCUUGCAGCGCCUAUUCGUGGCGAUUGGCAUUGGGGCUCUUUGCUGGCUCGUUCGCCGCGAGGCUUCACGGGCUUCAUGUGUCUGGUGCUUCCGGUCUAGAGCACUCAGUGCACUUGGGUACAUCCAUGGCGUUGAGUGCCCUUAUCUCGGAUCAGUUGCCAUGGCGGACGGUUGUGGACUUGCUGCAAAGUCUGUGCCGCAGUGCCGUCCGGCUGAACGACGUCUGUGUCAACUCGGGGGUGAGUGCCUAUGCACCGCACCGUUGGGACGUAGCCUUGCAAGUGGUCCGAGAGCAGAAGUUCAACAGUUUCAAUUGGAAUGCUGUUAUUGCGGCAUGCCAGAAAGCCAACCAGUGGCAGCGCGGCUGCUGGAUGCUUCUUGUGCCAGGGAUUGAUGUGGUCGGCUUCAACGCAGCCUUGCAAGAUGUGGAGAAGUGGCGUCAAUCCCUAUGGAUCUUCGGUGAGCUGUCCCUGCGCAGCCUCCAGAAAACUGCCAUCAGUGUUAAUUCCUUGGUGGCUACUUGUGAGACGGCCCGACAGUGGGCUCUGGCGCUGCUUGCUCUGAGCCUGCGAGAGAACAUGGAGCUGACAGCCGUGUCAUGCAAUGCUGCCCUCAGUGCCUGCGAAAAGAGCAGCUUUUGGGAACACUCCUUGCUGUUGCUCUCGAGUUCACAGGUCUGGCUGUCCCCAGACGUUUUCAGCUUCAGCGGUGCGAUCAGCGCCUGCGAGAAGGUCUCAACUUGGCAGACGGCCCUCCACCUCCUGUCCGGCAGCGCCCAGUGUCGUGUGCGCGGCAAUGUGAUAUGCGCCAAUGCAGCGACCAGUGCUUGUGUCGCUCGGGAAGGAGCAGGGCAGUGGCAGUUGGCUCUUCUGAGCUUUUGUGGUCUUCGGCAUCAAGCCUUCGAGCCGGACCUUCUAAGCCACAGUGCAGCCAUGAGUGCCAUGGAAAAGGCAGGUAGAUGGCAGCUGCCGACCUUGAUCCUGCGGGUGACUAGGAGAUGCCCUGUCGCGGUGUGCAAGCAGACGUCAUAUGUUGUCAAGUGGCUUGGAAGGGCCAGGGAGGUCUUGAGUCUUACGUUACGCCCGAUCCUGGCCGCCAUGGCCCUGGAGGCCUUAGGCGGCCAGCAUUGGACUUGGGCAGAGCUCGGCAUCUUUUGUGCUGGCGAACCAGUGUUUGAGUCGGUGCUCCUUCAAUACCCUGUCGCGCGCAAGAAGUGGGCGACCAGACCAGGAAACCAGCGGGCUUCUGGGGGGGGGGGGGACGGCUUGCUGAUUUUGUCGCACAACUUGAACUCCCUUCCCGAGCCGCGCUACUCAUGUUUCUUCGGGCUGAUGCUCCUGCUGCCCCUCGUGGUAGCGCUCAGAGAGGAAUUCAUAGCGAACCGUCUUCGUGGCCGGUAUGCCCGAAGCGCGUUUGCAGGACAGCUUGGGCAGAGACGGCCUCUUCGGUCCCUCCACAGGGCUCUGGGAACAGGCAGCUGUGCUCGUUGGUGGUGGUGCGGUGGUGCUGGAGAUGAGAGUGAAGCGGAAAUCAUGGUCUUCGUGCCGAUUCCUGCUGAUGCCGCAGUCGACGACGUUGUCGUGAAUAUCAGGCAGACAUCCUUGACAAUCGGCAUCAGAGGUGAGACGCCCGUGCUGGACGGUCCUUUGUGGAAGGGCAUCAAGGCAGACGAGUCUGGAUGGGUUAUUGAUCAAGAACAUGGGCAGCGCUGCGUCAUCGCGACGCUGAUUAAGAGAGAUGUCUGGAUUGACUAUGACUAUCUUCUAAAGUCUCACGCUGAGGCAGCAGGGGAUUCGGCUCACAGAAUUGUACAGAUCCAAAUUCAAACCCAGCCCUGGAGUCCGCGGUGCAUUCUUGCAAGAUGUCCCGUGGAAGCAACCACUGAACCUACUCGAGACCUUGAGCGUUGCAGGCAUGCAGUGAGAUCGGACUUGAUGAAGAUCUGGCUGCUAUCGUCACUGACGGCGGCGUCGGCAGUGGCGUCCUGCCUCCGACAGACGGGCCCGCUGCUGGUGCAAGUGGCCGUGAGAAACUUCACUGACGUACCACACACCGGGCUCGAUGCCAGAAGCCCCGCAGGUUUUCCGGGCUCCGGGCUUGAGGCGAUCCAACCACCGCUGGCCUUGGACGAUCGUGGUCGGGUGUCAACGUUGCCCUGCCUCCGGGUGAUGGAGCUGAACCAGUCUUUUGAUAUGAAUGCCCGAUGUCCCGCCGAGUGUCCUUACAGUUCUUUAGCACCAGAUCUGGGCUUCUGCAGUGCUGCAUGCGUGCGCCCCUCAAGCUGUGCUGCUUUCAAUCCGGACGCACCGGUGGAAGAUGCCAGCCGCGGCAUUUGCCGCGGUGCACAAGUGGACGGUUGCUUUCAGCCCAGCUUGGAUGGCACAGACAGAUGCAUCACCUGCGGAGCUUGGUAUGACCUCAGCCCCGACGGGCAGUGCAGAGCUCGCUACAUGUGGGCCGCCUGGACUGGCUUGUGUCUAGUUGCUGCCCUAGCCUGUGUUUUGGUCGCUUAUGUGGUGGAUCUUAACCUGCGUGCCAGCGUGAACCCUUCGGGUCUGGCAUGCGGCCUUCAGAGCAGAUCAAUGCAGAAGUACCGCUCUGGCCCUCAACGAGACUUGUGGCCCUUGACCACGAACCUUUGUGUGACACCUGUUGGGGGUCCUGGCCUGUUGCUCUACUUCAACUUCCUGGCAGCAGUGAUCGUUUGGUCUGCAGCUAUUGGGUUUGGAUGGCUGAUCAUGGCAUACGUCGUAGACGUAGACUUGUUGAUAUUGGGGCGGAAGGAGUACGGCACCCCGUACAGGAACUGUGUCUUGGUUGCCUGGGGCUUUGCGACGCAGCAGAGGCUCAUGUGGGCCAAACUGAGCUUCUUGCUUGGUGUUUACAUCGUGACCUUCUUUGCUUGCUUGUUGCAUGGAGUUCGCCAGCGGCGCUUGUUCCAGCAGAGCGAUGUGAAGGACACAAUGAAGGCUUUCGCAGUGCUGAUGAAAGGCUUGCCGGAGAUCCGUGCAUCAGAGGCGCAAGUUGAAGCUGAACUAUCUGACUUGGUCAGUUCUCUGGCCGGACAGCCAGUCGUGGGAGUUUCACCAGCAUUGCCGGUCUCAAUCUCCCCGAGUUCUCCGAGUGCUGCCCCUUUGUCUCUGGAUGAGUUGGAGGAGCUUGCCCAACUGCAUGCAGCAUCCGAUGGCGAUGCCUGGCUGAUGUUGGUGGGCGGCGAGCACGGAGGCAGGAUGCGACCUGACUAUGAAGGCACGCGGCCUGGUCCGUACCUUGCUGGACACUGCUCGCUUCAAUGGGUAGGGCAAGUGUAUUCCAGAUUGCUGCCUUUUUUUGGCAAAGAUCGUGUAGUGGUAAUUGCCCAGCUGCAAGAAACGCUGCGGUGGCUGGCAGAAGCCAGCCGCAACACAGAAACAGCAGAAAAACUUGCGGGACGUUCAUCGCUUUUGCCCAUGCUGCAACAGCAGCUUAUCGAAACCACAGAGUCUUGCCGGCAACUCUUGUCCAAUGGUGGUGCUGACUACGAUGGCCCAGACGUCAACCCGGCAACCGUCUUGCGUGUUUUGAGGGGCGAUGUUGGGGAUGCCUCAGUGCCUGUUGUGCCCAAGCGCGGAGUGAAGUCUCUGCUGCUGAUUCUGAUCAGCCACGGUCACGCUCACCCCGCGGGACCGGAUACAAAGCACCACGAAUGGUACAUGCACCUACCGUACCCAGUUCCUGAUAGCGAGGCCUCGCUAUACGACGUGGUUUCUCAUGAGGGCUUCCGGGAUGUGGAUCCUCAUCCAGACUGGGACUGGGGAGCUCCGAAGCACCGCUGGCGCUUGUAUUCUCAGAUGCUGUUCCAAGCUUAUCAUGCCGUUCUGGAGCAGUCGCCGCAAAGACGGCUUGUGGUCUUCCACCAGUUCUGCUUGUCGGGGGGUGCUGUGGAGUUCAUGCGCCGUCCGAGCUACCGCCGCUACUUCGGAACCCGCUUCUGGCCCGUCUUCUGCGUAUUUACCGCAGGAUGCUUUGAGCCCGCCCUGGGGAGUUUCGUGGGGAUCUGGAGCGAGGAGCUGCAGCGAGCGUUGCAGUCCGGAGGCUUUCAGAGCUUGCAGGAGCUUCAGAGCUUUGCAGAGAAGCGGUAUUGGGAGGACAACUCGGGUCUCAAGAAGGAGAACGACCGUAUCCUUGCCUUGCGUGAGGACGGAAGCGACCAUCUUGAUGCGGUUGACGGAACUAUGGGCUCUGUGGGUUGCGAAUCGGGGUUUGACGGCAAGUCUGGACAAGACAUGGCGGCGUUGUCCAUCUCUGUGUGCUGGAACUUCAGCAGCCAACAGGAGCAGGUGAAAGCUUUGCUGGACAAGAGCCUUCCAAGCCAAGCGACAGCGACAGCGGGCCCGAGCCAGGAGAUGGAGAGUGGCGGUCUACGAAGGGCCUUUCUCUGGGCCGAGAAGAUCUUCCUGAAGCGUUUGGAGGAGGAAGUGCAGACGGACUCCGUGCAGCAGCUGUUGCAGAAGGUGCCGUCAAGUGCAGAGGCCUUCGUCGUUUUUGAGACACGCUCGUCUCGUGACAUCGCUCUUGCGGCACUGCCGGAGACUGUCCAAUUCAGAGGCUCUUCUCUCAGUUUUUCCGUCUUGGUCUCAGCCGCGCCGCAUGAGCAACAAACACAAGACAGCGAGAUGCAGUUUCGCAACCAGGAGUUCUCAAAGUCGGUCCUUGCUUAG